GCGGCCGGGAGCGAUCGCCACGGGGCCGGGGCGCGGCGAGCACCGCGCAGAGCGCGCAGACCAGACGGACGGCGGCGGGGACCCGACGCGGCGCCUCCGCGCUCCCCGCACUCCCGAUGGCCCCCGAGGCCGGGGCUCCCCCGCGCGCGCCGCGCCCGCUGUCCUGGGCGGCGCUGCUGCUCCUGGCCGCGCUGCUCCCGGUCGCCUCCUCGGCCGGGGCCCCAGUUGACCACCCACUGAAGCCCAGGCACGUGAAACUGCUGUCCACUAAAAUGGGCCUGAAAGUCACAUGGGACCCACCCAAAGAUGCUACCAGUAGACCCGUGGAGCAUUACAACAUUGCCUAUGGGAAGUCACUGAAAAGUCUUAAGUACGUCAAGGUGAAUGCGGAGACAUACUCCUUCCUUAUUGAGGAUGUGGAGCCGGGGGUAGUGUACUUUGUGCUGGUUACUGCAGAAAAUCACAGUGGAGUGAGCCGUCCAGUUUACAGAGCUGAGAGCCUGCCUGGAGGUGAAUGGAUCAAGAUUGAUGGUUUUCCCAUCAAGGGUCCAGGACCAUUUAAUGAAACCGUCACAGAAAAGGAAGUGCCCAACAAGCCCUUGCGUGUGCGCGUCCGGUCCUCAGACGACAGGCUGUCCAUUGCGUGGAAGGCACCGCGCCUGUCCGGAGCCAAGAGUCCACGCAGGUCGCGGGGUUUCCUCCUGGGCUACGGGGAGAGUGGCCGGAAGAUGAACUAUGUUCCACUGACCAGAGAUGAGCGGACGCACGAAAUUAAAAAGCUAGCAUCGGAGUCAGUGUACGUGGUCUCCCUGCAGUCUAUGAAUUCUCAGGGGCAGAGUCAGCCAGUCUACAGGGCUGCCCUAACGAAACGGAAGAUUUCAGAAGCGGAUGAACUGGAUGUCCCUAAUGACAUCAAUGUCCGGGUUAUGUCGUCCCAGUCUGUGCUUGUGGCCUGGGUGGAUCCUGUUGUGGAAAAACAGAAGAAAGUUGUUGCAUCAAGACAGUACACUGUGCGCUAUCGAGAAAAGGGGGAAUCCGCCAGGUGGGAUUACAAGCAGAUCACUAACAGGCGCGUGUUGAUCGAGAACCUGAUUCCAGACACCGUGUAUGAAUUUGCAGUCCGUAUUUCACAGGGUGAAAGAGAUGGCAAAUGGAGUACGUCAGUCUUCCAAAGAACACCAGAAUCUGCUCCUACCACAGCUCCUGAAAACUUAAAUGUGUGGCCAGUCAAUGGCAAACCUACAGUUGUCACUGUGUCUUGGGAUGCACUACCUGAGACUGAGGGAAAAGUGAAAGAAUACAUUCUUUCAUAUGCCCCGGCUCUCAAACCAUUUGGAGCAAAGUCCCUCACCUAUCCUGGAGACACCACGUCUGCCCUGGUGGAUGGUCUGCAGCCUGGGGAACGCUAUCUUUUCAAAAUCCGGGCCGCAAACAGGAGAGGCCUGGGGCCUCACUCCAAAGCCUUCAUUGUCGCUAUGCCAACAACCAGCAGCAGUGAGUCGAAUGCUCAGCAGAAUACCGAGGAUAACUGGAAACCUGAAAAACCCAAGCCUUCCUCACCUUCUCCCAGAGUUCCAGCUUCCUCAAAACACACUCAUGUGCCUGUUUCUCCUCAUGGGAGAAAUGUCAAGGAUCCUCUUCUUGACUUGAAAAACAAAAUAUUGGCUAAUGGUGGGGUGUCCAGAAAACCCCAGCUUCACCCAGAGAAGACUGAAGAGUUGGAUCUUCAGUCGAUGGAAGUUACUGACCAGGAGGAGCUGCAUUCUCUGGGACAUCCACCGACGUCACCUGCAGAGACCCUGGACCAGAAGCAAACCCUGAGGCCACCAAGUAGAUCUGGCCCCUCGGCCACUGCUCCUGGCAGGACUCCGUGGUGGGCCCGAAGCCCUGUGCUGCCCCGCAAAGAAGGUGUGGAUCAGCGCGGCUCCUCACGAGCCACUUACCCUCGUGCAGGGGUGGCCCUCGCAGGGUCAGCCUCUCCUGCACACCGGGUGGCCACCCAGGGCACCUCUCACCACCCUUCAGAGGGGCCCCGUGCCAACCUGGCUGCCAGCUCUGCUGACAAUGACUUGGUGGACCAAGAUGAGGAUGAGCGAGCUGCAGGCUCCCUUCACCCCAAGGACACCUCCUCUGAGCAGCUGCCCCCCAAGACCCCCGCCCAGACCCAGCCAGCCCUGUCCCCCAGCCACCAGCCGGCCUCCAGCGUCCUGCAGCACAGAAGCUCCGUGCUCCAUGGCACGAACCCAGCCUCGCCUGCGUGGAGGGCACCCCAUCCUGGCGCCGUGGAGGAAGAUUCAGGCGCUCCAGCCUCCACCUCCAGACUUUCUUCACUCCAUAGGGGGUCAUCUCAGCUGCUGCCCACCCACCCACACACAGGUCCUUCGCUCUCCGGGAACUGGAGGGAUGGUCACGACGCCCCAGCCGCCAGUGCACCAUCGCGGUCUACCACGUCUUCUUUGGGCUCCUCUCAUCUCUCCUCGAGGACCCAGGUCUCUGAGGGAGCAGACCCUGCUGACGGUGGGGAUGACAGUGACAGGGAUACAGACGAUAGCAGGCGGCAGGCGGAGGCCCCGGCCCCUGGACACUCGGGCCUGCUCAGAAGCAAGCCCUCUGCCGCCAAUGGCAGGUCUCCAGGCAGGGUGGGCAGCGUUCGGGGCCUGCCGCUGCAGCCCUCGGGCUCCCCGCAGUCCACCGCAUCCCCCCGAGUGCAGCCCCGGCUCCGUUCUCCCCCUGCCUCCCACCCCAGGCUUGGCUCUGGUAUCCAUGGAGACGGGGACGAUGAGAAGCCACUCCCUGCCACCGUGGUCGAUGACCACGGGCCUUCCUCCUCCAGGCAGCCCGGCUCUCGGAGCUGGGACCCCCUAAGAAGGGUCCCCCAGAGAGGGGCCGGCCUGCUCCGGAAGGAGCCCGUCCCAGAGGACCCCAAAUCCCCCGGGACAGACGCGCAUCCUCGGGGCAAACCCUCACGCCUGUCCUCUAAGGCCGGGGACGUUCAGCAGAGCACAGACGUGGCCGUGGAGGGUCGUUCCCCCCAAACACAGCCGGUGUCCACGGGCCGCCAGCUGUCCCCUGCUCCAGGUCCCGCAGCAGGGUCCCCGUCCCACCCAGGGGCCAGUGUGCCCAGAGGGAUGACCCCCGGCCGGGCCCCAGCAAAGCAGGCCCCUCCGCCCGCCACCGCGUCCCAGCGCCAGCCCCCGGGGCCUCAGAGCAAGGACGCGGGGCGGCUGCUUCCUCAGCCCGACCUCGGGCGCGCUCAGGCCGGGCGUCCCCGGGCCGCGUCGCAGGGCGGCCACCGCUCCUCGGACGCCUACACGGCGAGCUCCCGAGGGCUGCUCCACACGGCCCCGCAGACCCAGGGCGGGGACUCUCAGAACGACGGCGACGUCCCCGCCGCCGCGCCCGCCGCCCCGGCCCGGUCCACGCAGCGGCCGGCGGAGCCUCGGGCGGGGAAGGCGGACGACGGGCCCGAGCGCGGACACGCGGGCGCCUCCCCGAGGCCCGGCCGGCCCGGCGACCCCCACCCGGCCCUCCGCGCCCGCGUCCCCGGCAGGACGGGGCCCCCGGCGGGGCGGAAGGACGGCGCGGCCCGGGCCGCCCCGGGAAGGACGCAGCCCGCGCCCCGGAGGCCCCCGCCGGCCAAAGCCCGGGCCUGGGCCUCGGCCGAGCAGGAGGUGGAGGAGCACGCGGGCUUUUCAAAAGCAGGAAAGGAAGACCCUCUGUCGUCCUCCGUCCCCGGGGGCGGCAAAGACGCUGACGGGGGCCUCUCCAAGGACAGGAAGCGGCCUGUCGCCGGGCCCGCUCCUGGCGAAGAGAGCGCCGCGCCCGGGAAGCCGCCUGUCCCCCGACCUCCGGGCAGCGCCGCAAGAGCCUCACGCCUCCCUCCCCGACACCCCACUCGCAGCCCUGCCACCCCAGGUCCCAGCGUCGGUCCCCCGUCCUGGCCGCAGGACACGUCCCGCGCCCCUCCCAGCUACGCCUCCACCACCCCUAUGCUGUCCCUGCGCCAGCGCAUGAUGCAGUCGAGAUUCCGGAAUCCGCUCUCGCGCCCGCCGGUGAGACCCCCUUACAGACAAGGUUACAAUGGCAGAUCAAAUGUAGAAGGGAAAGUACCUCCUGGUAGUAAUGGCAAACCGAAUGGACAAAGAAUUAUCAGUGGCCCUCAAGGAACAAAGUGGGUCGUGGAUCUUGACCGUGGGUUAGUAUUGAAUGCAGAAGGAAGACAUCUCCAAGAUUCACAUGGAAAUCCUCUCCGGGUUAAACUAGGAGGUGAUGGUCGAACCGUUGUGGAUCUGGGAGGGACCCCCGUGGUGAGUCCAGACGGCCUCCCCCUCUUUGGGCAGGGGCGACAUGGUAAACCCCUGGCCAGUGCCCAGGAUAAACCCAUUUUGAGUCUUGGAGGGAAGCCCCUGGUGGGCUUGGAGGUCAUCAAAACAACCACCCAGUCCCCCACGACAACCGCAAAGCCUACCACUGCUAUGACCCCUCUGCCUACCACCACAACUCCGCGGCCCACAACAGCUACCACCCGCCGCAUGACCACGACCCGCCGCAUGACCACCACCCGCCACACGACCACCACCCGCCGCACGACCACCACCAUGCGCCCAACGACCACAAUCCAAACCACUACACAGACAACCACCACCACCACUGAACCUACCACCUCCGUCCCCACCUGUCCCCCUGGGACCCAGGAACGGCAUGACAAUGGCGGCAACCUGAUAAUGGGCUCAAAUGGAACCCCAGAGUGCUCCCCUGAAGAAGACGAGUUCUCCGGCUUGGAGACUGACACAGCAGCACCCACGGAAGAGGCCUACGUUGUAUACGAUGAAGAUUAUGAAUUGGAGACCUCAAGGCCACUGGCCACUACCAAGCCCUCGACCACUGCUGCCAUACCCAAGGUCAUCCCAGAAGAAGGCUCCAUCAACUCCUUUCCUGAAGAAGAAUUUGAUCUGGCUGGAAAGAAACGAUUUGUUGCUCCUUAUGUGACAUAUCUAAGUAAAGACCCAUCAGCCCCAUGCUCUCUGACUGAUGCUCUGGAUCACUUCCAAGUGGACAGCCUGGAUGAAAUCAUUCCAAAUGACCUGAGGAAGAGUGACCUCCCUCCUCAGCAUGCCCCCCGCAACAUCACCGUGGUCGCAGUGGAAGGCUGCCACUCGUUCGUCAUUGUCGACUGGGACAACGCCACCCCUGGAGAUGUGGUAUCAGGUUACUUGGUUUACAGCGCAUCCUAUGAGGACUUCAUCAGGAACAAGUGGUCGGCUCAGGCUUCAGCAGUAACUCACUUGCCCAUUGAGAACCUGAAGCCAAACACAAGGUAUUAUUUUAAAGUUCAGGCCAAAAACCCUCAUGGCUAUGGACCUAUCAGCCCUUCCGUCUCAUUUGUUACAGAAUCAGACAAUCCUCUGCUUGUUGUGAGGCCACCAGGCGGUGAGCCCAUCUGGAUCCCGUUUACUUUCAAACGUGACCCCGGCUACACGGACUGCCAUGGCCGGCAAUAUGUGAAGCGGACGUGGUAUAAAAAGUUUGUGGGAGUCGUUCUUUGUAAUUCAUUGAGGUAUAAGAUCUACCUCAGUGACAACUUGAAAGAUACAUUCUACAGCAUUGGAGACAGCUGGGGAAGAGGUGAAGACCAUUGCCAAUUUGUGGAUUCACACCUUGAUGGAAAAACAGGGCCUCAAUCCUAUGUAGAAGCCCUCCCUACCAUUCAAGGCUACUAUCGCCAGUACCGCCAGGAGCCCGUCAGCUUUGGCCACAUUGGCUUUGGAACCCCCUACUACUACGUGGGCUGGUAUGAGUGUGGGGUCACCAUUCCAGGAAAGUGGUAACCACAGGACGCUACUGCUGCCAGUGCACCCUGGUGGCCCCGUUGACUCACCCACAAUGGGGCCUGUGAGCAGAAGGAUGGUGGCCCGAGCCCCAGUGCCCUGGGUGUCAGGAAGGUCAUGGGAUGGACACUGGACAUCUUGGUCAUCUUCAGUCUGGAACUCAGCCCCACUUCAUGGCCUGGACUAGGAGCAGGAUUCAGUCUUGUUGUUCACUUCUCCGCACUUUCUGUUUGUAAUACCGUGUCCCAGAGACAUCAGGAAGCACAGCUGACUCAGUGUGAUUUCCAGAUUUUUUAGGCACAAAAUUUGGACACUUCAGUAUCUCUGGGGUACAGCAUAGGCAUGCUGUGCUUGCUUCAUGAAAUACUACAUGCUUUCUAUUUUUCUCAUUCUCGACUCCUCCAAAACUAGUUGAUUUAAGCUUCAGAUCUCUUUGUAUGCAAUAGAACUGAAUUACUAAAAACACCACCACAGGAAAUAUAUUCUACUUGAGAUUUAUUCCAUGGACUUACUCACUACUAGACUAAAUGUAUCAAAUCUUAUUUGUAAA